AUGUUUGAUUUUAAGUUAACACCACGGGAGAUAAAUAAAAAAUUUUGUUGGCAAGCGUGCAAGCAAAUUUCUAUAAGAAAUAAGACAACGGAUGGGACGGAAGAUGAGUUAGGAAAAGGAUUACAAUUAAAAAGUCAAGAUGAACUUAUAGGAAAGGACGGUACUUUCAGGUUUCGGAGGAUCCACAAGACGAAGCCAAACAACGGGAUGUCGGACAAGUUCAAAGACGAACAAAUUCACGAUACAAGGAAUAGUCUACGGAAUCAGAAGGAACUUGGAAAUGACAAGAUUGCAACUUUUAACAAUUUGAACGAGGUUUUUAGUGGUAGAAUUGAUAGAAUUAAUGAAAUUAACGACAAUCACAGGGUGUCAACGGCGGAUUGUGAGGAUGAUAACGAAUAA